GAAACAAGUACAAGUUUCGGUACUUGCCACCUUGUAGUUGAUUUUAUCUCUCUUGCCGAUUUUCACAUCUGAGAUGAGUAGUUAACAGACAGAACAUGAAUCGAAAUCAUCAAUCUUCUGAUUUAUCUGCGAGUUCGUUGGACACCGACAGACUUGAAAACGUUUUGGGAAGUUUCGACGAUGAAGAGUCUCCCAUCGUCGAAGGUAGCAACUUGCGCUUUUCUCGAAACGCUCAGAACGAUUGUUUCCUCGAAGAACCCGAGGCGGCUGCUCUGGCGCAGUACGACGAUUUUAAUACCAUUGAUUGGGUGCGUGAUCGACAGAGGGAACGGAAACGAUUUCGCGAAAUGCGAAGGAUGAAAAGAGGAAGUUUGUGGGAGCGAAUCGUACAAGUGAAUGACGCAUGGGCUGGCUGGCUCGUAGUUUUUCUUGUCGGUUUAUCAGCUGGUAUGUGUGCAGGAAUCAUAGACAUUGGGGCUACCUGGAUGACAGAUUUAAAGCUUGGGUUUUGCCCCGAUAAUCUCUGGUUCAAUCAAGAGUCUUGUUGUUGGUCAGACAGCACUAGUUUUGAAGGAACGGGAUGUAGUCAAUGGAAGUCGUGGUCGAACUUGCUAACCGACUCUGAGAGUGGACCCUCAGCUUAUAUUGUGAACUAUAUUUUCUAUAUCGUUAUGUCUCUAUUAUUUGGUCUUCUCGCUGUUACUCUAGUUCGUUGGUUUGCGCCGUAUGCUUGUGGAAGUGGAAUCCCCGAGGUAAAGUGUUAAGAAAUUUUUUUGCACAAAAUAAUCAAAAUAAUAGUGAUUGUUAUUAAAAAAAUUACGUCACCAACCAAGAAAAGUAACGUUACUUGCCUAUCACGCGGAAAUCUCUAUUUGGCUCGAGACACGUAACAUUUGGAAGAUUUUGUUUUCCUCUCCUCUGAAAUGAAAUUGACUUCCAAUACCUAGCAUGACGACCCCAUAACCAAAUUGGAAGGUUUAUGCUGUGUGUUACCCCAGGAACACAAGUGUACUUGGGGGGUAUAUAAAUACCUAUGAACAUAAUGCAUCAAGGGUGGUGGGAACAAAAUUACCUUUUUGGGGGGUAGAUGAUCAUGUUGUACCAAUUAAAUCAAUCAGAAAUCAUUAUUGAGUUUGCCUUGCGUCAUGUACAGAACAAAUAUAAAACAUAUCAAGUAAAAACUAGGGAAUGGCUUAUACCCCCUUUUUUCAGUUGGGACAAAAUUUUUGGGAACAAAUUAACUUUUUUUUCAGUAGAUUACAAUGUAAAAAAUUCAUUUAAACAGAAAGCAGAUUUGAGUUUACUAUACACCUUGUACAGAACAAAUGCAAGAGACAUAAAAUAAAAAAGGGUUGGUGUAUCUCUCUCUUUUCAAAUGAUUCAUAAUUUCUGAUGUGAUUGCUUUCAGUUCAGAUGAUCUUGAAAAUUAUCCCAAAAUAGAUUUUUCUGUAAUAUACUUGUACUAUCAAUUUUAAGUAAUAAUCAAUUUUUAUACUGGAACUUGCAUGUUGAAACUGAUUUUCCAUAUGUCAGUAUCUUAAAUAUUUUGCAGCCAUUUUACUUUUUAAAUUUUAGAUUUUGUAUUGGUAAUAACAUGAUUUUGAGUGUAAUUUGGCAGAAAUAAGUACAAGUUAAUUUCUCAGAGACAGCAAAAUAGCAUAAGCCUAUAGAGGGAGUGCAAUUUGUAGUCUUUGAAUAGUUUACAAGUGCUUGUUUACUUCUUAAUGCAUGAUAAAUAAUGUUAUUAAUUCUCACUCAUGUUACAACUCGGCACUCAUGUUCCAACUUUGCACUUGUGUUACCUGAAAAAUGCUCUUGUUUUCAACCAAUGAUAUGCACAUUAUUUUUCCAAGUAUGUUAUUAACUUAUGAAGUGCAUUUUGAAACAAAAAGUCCAAAAUAUUUUGGGUUCACAGUUUGUACUGGAGCUAGUAUGGACAUGGCUUCAGCAAGAAAUGUGAAAACCAAACAUUAUUGACUUCUUGUUUCAAAUUAUGUUUUAUGCAAAGAAAAUAUAUACUUUUCUGGGUGACUUUGCAGGAAUUGUUGCAUUUGGUAACAAUUUGGCCACUAUGAAUUUCCUGUGAAUCACUUAAUAGUUACCUUUUCAAUAAUAUUUCUAUUUUUGGUUGUAGAUCAAGACCAUUUUAAGUGGUUUUAUUAUUCGUGGUUACCUUGGUCGCUGGACACUAAUCAUCAAGUCACUGUCAAUGAUGCUUGCCGUGGCAGCAGGAUUAAGUUUAGGAAAAGAAGGCCCACUUGUCCACGUGGCAAGUUGUUGUGGGAACUUUUUCUCUUAUGUGUUUACCAAAUAUCACAAGAAUGAAGCCAAGAAAAGAGAGGUUUGUCUGCUUCUCCUGCUUUUUUUGUUUUUGUUGUUGUUAUUUUUCUUUUGGAGGUAACAAGUAACUAAAAAAGAAAAACAACAACAACAACAACAGCACUAACAGCAACAAAAGAUCUCUUGUUGCUCACAAAAAGAGUUAUUACUGAGAAAAUUAUUUUUUAUUAACAUGCACUUAUGAAAAGCACAGUUUGAUCAUUAGUGAAGCCUAGAGGCUAGAGGAAUGGUUAGGAACCGCGUGGAACCUUGAGGUUUUUGAGCUAGUGCAAAAUGAAUUAAGAGGUUACAUGUAUGAUCAUUGUAGUGUGAGGUAAAGAAAACUCUGAGUUACCCCUGUGGAUUAAAUCAGCAGCCAGUCAUUAUCAAAUGGUCAACAUUUAUACUUUAGUUUAACUGAGCUGCAGAGCAUUUUUUUUGCCAAAAUUUCUGAUUUCAAGGUUCAAGUGUGGCUAGUGUCUUGCAGCUACAGGGAGCAGCAAUGUUGAAAUGUUUUCAUCUGUGGAAAUAAUUUACAUGUAAAUAGUGAUAUUGACAACACUUUCGAAUAAGCUCCUUGGUUUUUUUUAUUAGCAGAUUUAUCUGUUUCUUCUCCUUUGCGUCACAAGGAUUUCCCCUUGUCUUAUCCCUUAGCUGAUUCAGGAAACUAAAGCAAACCAAUUUUUUCUUGCAAAUCAUUAAUUUUACAUUGUCCUUUUUGUAGUUGCUGUCAGCUGCUGCUGCAGCUGGUGUGUCUGUGGCUUUUGGUGCCCCUAUUGGUGGUGUCCUGUUCAGUUUGGAAGAGGUAAUAAUUCAAAAGCUGAAUUUCACUAUAAUUUAUAACUAACAUUAGGGGGCACAUAAAGAUAGACAGCUAGAACACCUUAGUUACAACCAGACCUUACGAAUGACAAAUCCUCUUAACCAGGUAUUAGAUAUUGAAAUAGAAUCUUUGCUUGAGCAUAUGUCCCACAUCGCCAGAGCUUAUCGCAGAUACACUUUCUUCUGAAAGGCCAGUUGGAGUAUUUCCACUUCUCCUGGAUGGGCUGCUUGUCCAUUGUAAGUCACACCCUCUCCCUUGGGUCAGUAUUUUGCCAGGUUUAACCGAGACCUUCCCACUGCUAAUUUUUACUCCUGGGUGGAGAGAGGCACUGGAGAUAAAUAGUCCUGCCUUCAAUCACACUACAAUCACCUGGUCAUGAUUCCAAUGGUGACUUCACAACCCAGAGUCCAGCUGGUUAAGCCUGAAGCCACUUUGUGUCCCAAUGAAGUUGUUAAAAGUCAGGAUGGCUUUUGUAACUUGCAACUCAGAGAACAAAUUUCAAGUCAAAAAUUCACUUUUAUUUCUUGCUUUACUGUAGGUCAGUUAUUAUUUUCCAAUGAAGACAUUAUGGAGAUCUUUCUUCUGUGCCAUGAUUGCUGCCUUUACACUGAAGUACAUGAAUCCAUUUGGAACUGGUCAUUUAGUUAUGUUCUAUGUGGAAUAUGACAACCCUUGGAAGUUGUUUGAACUUGUUCCAUUCAUACUCUUGGGUGCCCUUGGGGUGAGCCUUUAGCCUGUUAAAUUUUGUUCAGUUUUUUUGUUAUGGUCAUGGCCAUUCCAGAUCAGAGUAAACCCUUUUACUUGGGCAUCAAGUGGCAACUAAAUAAUUAAGUUUCAAUCCUUGAGAGCUGGUUUACUUGUAGGAUAUUGACAAGACUUUAACCCUUUAACUCUCAGAGGUGACCGACUUGUAACUUCUCCCUACAAUAUACAUACAGUAUCCAGCAAACAGGUGUUGAAAAUACUCAGACUUAUCCAGUAGAAGUUUUUAUUUUGAUCAAACACCAAAUUCCUAGAACUAAUUUACAAAGAAAUUAAAUGAGUAGCAGCUAGAGGAAAGAAUUAAUAAUUAAAUGAGAUCUUUUGAAAACGAGGCACUCACAAAUCAAUCUGAGGAGUAUGUGCCAAGAUACUUUGUAUUAUGUAAGCAACCUUGAUUGAAAUUUAUUAUUUAUUUACCUUUCAUGCUCCAGGGAUUGGUAGGUGCUUUCUUUAUCAAAGCUAACUUGUGGUAUUGUAAAGUCAGAAAAACUUCAAAACUUGGGAAAUAUCCCAUAACAGAAGUGAAGGUGGCAAGUGUUGGAUAUUUUCUAAGUUUUGCAUUAAUCUGAGGUUUUGUUUUUAUUCUUAUUGUGAAAAUUGGAUUUUAAGUUUUAUCAAUCUUCAAUACCAUCACUGUUUUGUAUAUAUUGAAGGUGGUACAAUUUGUUAAAAAUAGUUUUUCUGAGCUGCAUUUGUUUGUCUUGCAUUUGUUAACAACAGUCUGAUGUGUUUCUUAAAACAAAACUGAUUUUAAUUCAAAGAGACAUGCCAUAUUUCCAGAUAGUUUAGUUUGUAAACUAAAUUCCUGCACUUUUGAUGAAUGGAGGAGGAUUCCAAAAAAAUGUUGUCAAUUGUUGGGUCUGAGAAUGGCCUUUAUAUUUCAAAGGGUUUAAAUGUCUCCAGGAGGAGGAUUCCAAAUUGUAUUGUUGUCUAAAAUUUGUAAUCAAAUGAAAGAAUGAUUGACACCAAGAUGAAUAGAGAGUUUUGUGCCUAAUCUCACAAUUGCUUGAGGGGGUAAUUAUUAUAAAUAGAUUUAGAUGUAUGCAUGACUCAGUUUUGUCAUUUUUCUGUUUUCCUUCAGGUUUUACUUGUGACUCUUGUUACUGCAGUGUUAGCUUACCCUAAUCCAUAUUCCAGGUAAAAGGGAUUUUUUUUUGGUAGAAUUUAUUUCAAAGUGCCUAAAAUAAAUCCCCCAAAUCUAAACAAUUGGCAAUUUUUCAAACUAGAUUUUCCCUUGAAUCAGAUAUUUAUAUUAGGUAUCAGUUAGACUGAGUCUGUGGAGGGAGGGAAGGGGAUGAAUAACCCAUGAUGGACCAGGAUCAUGUCCAGGGGGAGCAGACAGAAUGCUCCAAGUUGUGUUAUGUUAAAGAAUUUCAAGUUAAAUGAAUAAAGGGGGUGAGUUUCUAAAGAGACUGUGGUGCCGUGUCAGUGGGAGAGUGUAACAAGGUAAUCGGGUAUUAUCAACUGAGUUGAUAACGUGAAUUGGCCACCAUUGAGAGUUUCAAAGCUGAAGUUUUGAGUGUUAGCCCUUUGUCAGAGCAAGUGAAAAGACGGUAUCCAGUCAACUCGCCGACGGACCAACUCGCCGAGGCCAACUUGCCGACCUAUAAAAUCAAUACAAUAUCAGUUGGAUAAUACAACUUAGAUUAAAAUAUAGAAAAAUAUCAAUUUAAAAAAAAAAAAACACUGGUGAACAUUUGAACAUUGAUCCAAUGAACAUUGGUAAAUUCUCUGAACUAACAUUAAGACGCAAACAAAUUAUUAUGGACAACAACAGUAAAGACUCAUCAUGUCAAUAAUCAGAUUUUUUUUAAAGAAAAGUUAAGAGGGUUAAAAAUUUGCAACAAAGUUUAUAAAGAUAAAUGAAUAAAGGGGUCGCCAAUGACUAUAUUUUGCGAACAAGAAAUCUGGUCUUGCUUUAUCAGUGGGAGAGUAUAACAAUGUUUAAGCUUCUGUCUGAUGUUCACCAAUGUUCACCACUGUUUUUUUUUACUAAAUAUCAACUUUGAGUUGUUUAAUAAUAAGUUGAAUUGGUCACCAUUGAGAUUUUCAAAGCUGAGUGUUAGUCCAGUUGGUCCGUCGGCGAGUUGACCGUAAUUCAAAAAGACUAGUGAGGAUCUUGGUUUUCUCUUCACCAUUUACAGUGUGUAAAAUUCCCAUGAUAAUGAGUGUAACAUCGUUUUGUUUUAACUCUGAGUAAAAAGAAUCGAUCUUUAGAAGAUGAUAGGUAACUUGUGAAAAUUGCAAACUAUUGAUCAACAUGUUAAUAUUAUUGAAAUUUUUUUUUCCUCAGGCAAAGUAGUAGUGUUCUCAUCAAACAUCUGUUCAGUCAGUGUGGUCCAGAUGAUUCUUCAGAUCUAUGGUAAAGCUGAACAUAUUUUUAUGUAUUUCAAGCAACAGUAUUAGAGCUCAUUGUCUACCUUGUUCAUUUUAGACAUUUUGAAUUUUUUGUGCAUUCUUCUGCUUUGCUCUUGACUAGAGCUGACUUCUUUGGGGGUCUCUUAUACAAGGAAUGUAAACUAACAAGGCCACUACAAACAAUUAGUAAAUUGGUGUAAAAUUUCUGUAGUAAGCAAGUUGGGUUUGAUUUUUUCCCUCGGAUGCUAGGAUUUUUCACAAGUCAACCUACAUUUGGCAACAAAAUUGUUGACACAUUGACCUUUUUAAUCCCCUACUACUUUGAUUUUAUCUAUUUUGCCAUUGUUAAGUUAACCCUUAAACUCCCAAGAUCUGAUUGUUAAUUCUCCCCUGUAGCUGCUACACAAUUUCUUGUAUAUUAUUUAUGAGAACUUAGUGCUAGAUCAAUAUAGCAGCUUCUACCUGAUGAGUUUGAAUAUUCUCAUUACCUGUUUGCUGAAGAAUGUAUGGAUAUUGUAGGGAGAAGUUUUAUGUUAAUCACUUCUGGGAUUCUGGACAACAUUGAUGUAUCAUGAUUCCGUAAACUGUAAGCUACAUACAGGCAACAUUGAAUGGGGAAUUGGGGGAGGUUGUCAUGAUUUAAAGUGUGGUAGAAACAGGAGUGUUAUUCUACACCUAAAUAGGACUCUUCAAUUAAUUUUGAAGCUGAUUAUAGCCCCUCUUAGGAGGCCUAGAUGAGAAAGUGAAGGAAUCAGCUUAAAACCCUGACUGCCUCGACUUCAAAAACUCCUCAAAACAGAAUUUCUAGAAAGACCAUUAUUAUAUCCCUAGAUUAGAUGGAAACAAGGUAUCAAUUAUUUUUUCAUGUCCCAUCUUGGAAAAGUGGCAAUAUCUCUACAAUGUUUGGCAGUUUGCUGCCCAGUUGAGAACGACUACGAAAUAACUUCUGACCUUUUUCACUCUAAUUUCUUAUGAUCAGUGACUACCUUAAUGAAAGUGUUAAUGUCACAUUGAAUGUCAAUGAUCCCAAUUUGCCUGGAGCUGCAGCAGGGUCUGGUGUCCAUAAAGCCAUUUGGCAGCUGAUUUUAGCCAUGGUUUUCAAGAUUAUCAUCACAAUCUUCACAUUUGGGAUGAAGGUGAGAGGAGAUCACCAAGAGGUACACUUUGAAUGAACAAACUCUUGAAAAAAGAGAAGUUCCAAUUAGAUGCUGUGAACUGGAGUUGCAUUUCAGUAUGUAGGGUUUUGCAUCAGCCUACCUUUUUACUGCUUUCUUUUUGUACUCCUAAAUUAUAAAUUUGGUUCGUCCUGGCAAUAUUUUUGACCAGUUUCUACUCAAGCUAAAUCACAUUUUUGUGAAUUAAAUUCAUGCAAAAAUCCUCAUAUAUAUAUUGUAGAAAAAUGUUCCCAAUUCAUUGUUUUUUCUCACAAGGGGUCUGUUUUAUCUGAUGCUCAUUCUUCUUAUAGAGCUGGUGACAAUUAGGAAUAAGGGUUUCUAACAGUGCCAUGCUUUUCUACCAAUUUACCUGUUGUCUGUUUUACUUUUCUUUGGUAUGUUUACACUUCAUAAGUAAAAACAUAAAUUGGGAUUAAUGAUUAAUAUAUAUAAAAAUGAGUAAAUGUAUUUUUAGGUUCCAGCUGGAUUAUUUAUUCCAAGUAUGGCAAUUGGAGCUUGUAUGGGAAGAGUUCUUGGUAUUGGAAUGGAGCAACUUGCCUUGUGAGUUAAUUUUUGUUAAUAGAUAACUUUGAAUUAUUGAUUGGCCCAAAAAAGUCACACCUUGUGAAGAGCAACAUGAGCUUGUUUCAUCCUUAAAUAAAUCUAGAUUAAAUUUAGAAAUUGCGAGGUCAAGACUUAUUUUCUCAACUCUUCUUGACCAAGACAGCAUUUCCCCCCUCAAAAUCAAUACAAUCUCAAGCAGACAAGAAAAUAAAGAAAAAAAAAGGAAAUUAGGCGAUUAUUAGUUGAGAGUUACUAAAUAAAAUAAUUAGGUCUGGGAGUAAAAUGGUUAUAUCAAGUUUGGAGUAUUUUUUAUGAUGAGAGCCCUUAUUUUUUCAAGCAACCUUUAAAGUGAAACUACAGACAGUUUCAAAAGAUUGCUGUGCCUUUUUCUUUUUUCUCUCUUUUGCUAAUUUCCCUGUUGGUUAAAACAAGUGUCUUUACAGUGAAUGCAACCAGAAUUCUGACAAAAAAUAUGUUGGUAUCGCAGAGGUCAUGGUUUCAAAUCCCAUACAGGCCUGGAUUUUUUUCAGGCUUGUGAAUUUUUUUUGAAUUAUUGUUCAAGUAGUGUUCAUUACUGUGAAGGUUGUUGUCAUAUUCACAGAAUUAUGACAGUUUUGUAAGUGAACUCUUUUCUCUCUUUUCUAGCCACAAUCCACACUGGUACAUAUUUAAGUCAUCUUGUGGUAAAUCAAUAGCAUCUUGUAUAACACCUGGAUUGUAUGCCAUGGUGGGAGCUGCGGCAGUUCUGGGUGGGGUCACAAAGAUGACAGGUGCGUCAGCAUUCACUUGUACAUCAAAACCUCUGUUUAGUGUUCAGCAUUCAGACAAGAAAACAUCUCCAUUUAACCCUUUAACUCCUAAGAGAGACUAGUGUCAAAUUUCUCCUUACAAUGUCUCCCCAAAUCACACAUGAAGGUCAUGAGAAUAAAGGAAAUGAUCACCAACAAAACAAGCUCUUGAUUGUUGCACAAUUUCUCCCUAUCAGCACCUUGGGAAAUAUAUUGAGAACAGCACGGACGAUAUACAUACUGAUGAUAGGGUGUUAAGGGUUGAAAGAGGUGUCCCUUCAAGGAAAGUAGUGAUUCAUUGAGCAUGUAGGAGAAUCAACAUGUGCAUCUUUUAUUCAUCUCCUUGCAGUUUCCUUAGUGGUGAUUAUGUUUGAGCUGACAGGAGGACUUGUGUACAUUGUACCACUAAUGGUGGCCAUUAUGACCAGUAAAUGGGUUGGUGAUGCAUUUGUGAAGGAAGGAAUGUAUCCUCAUUUUAACCAUGGAAAUGAUUAAUUCUUGAUAGAGUCUUCAAAACUGAACAGAUCUAGAAAUAUCGGAAUACCACAAAAUAAUUUUGGACUCAUUUUAUAGCUUACUGGCUGAUGUGACUCUGAUUGCGUUUAAAGGGUAUAAAAUUAUACUUGUUUUACACAAAUUUCACUGUGUUAAAAUUUCCUAAUAUGAUCUAAUACCUCACUUAUGAUCAGAAUAUUUCAAAUCGGGUUCUUUUAAUUCUGAAAUUAAUGCAGUUUAGACAAAUUUAUUCUUACUAAUUGUAAUACAUAAUUAAUUUAUAUGUAAUAUACAUUAUUUUUCAACCAUUUAAUAUGUCUUUUUGCCAUUUCAUCAUACAUUUGAAACUAGAUUAGGAAGUAAAAAUAAUGUCAAAUUAAUUCCUAGAUUGGUCACAGUACCAUUAGUCUUAAGCUUUAUGUCUCAUAGGCCAUUUUACAGUUGUGUACUUAGUUGCCAAGCCUUUGAUUUGGAGUGAGGCUGAAGGUGACCUUGUUGUGAUAGAGACCAGUAUCUAGCUAGCAUAAUAACAAGGCAAUUUACAGUGUGAAAGCAGAAAGGUUUGUAUCAUAACAAGGCCACCCCUAGCCUCACUUCUGUUAGAAGGCUUGGCAACCAAGCACACAACUAUAAAAUAGACUAUUGUAUACACAUGUUGACCUUCAGUGACCCUUGACUUGUUCCAAAGUUACGAUGGUCAUAUUCACCUCAAUGGUUACCCAUUUCUGGACAGUAAAGAAGAAUUCACGCAUACAACUCUUGCAGCCGAUGUUAUGAGGCCCAGGUAAUUAACACAUAGGUCUACAGCAUUAGUAGGCUAAAUGUAGUACACACAGCUUUACAUUCAGUGAUGAAGAAUUUGGCAUUGAUAAACUCAUUUCAAUAGAGUUGAUUAAUCUGUCCUUUACUAAUGGGCUUUAACACAUGUUGAGUAUUAAACUCUGGUAUGCACACCCUGUCAUUGUCAAUACUUCAUGAUUGUUUCUGCAGGAAAAAUGAUCCACCAUUGUCAUGCAUUACACAGGACAGUUUUACUGUUGGUGAUAUAGGUAAUUUAAAAUUCUGCAUUUCUGUUGUUGAAGUAUGCCUUUCUUAAUGUACCCUGAUAAUAAAUGACAUCUUAACCAACACAGUUAACCCUUUACAUCCUAAUAUUAUGCAUAUUCUCCAUACUGUUCUCUAUACAUUUCCAAGGUUCUAAUAAGGAGAAUUUGUAAAACAAUCAAGAGCUUUGUUAGUUGCUGAUCAUUUCCUUUAUUCUUGUGACUUAAACAUUUGAUUCAAGGGAUAAUUGUAUAGAGAAAUUAGAACCUUGUCGCUCUUAGAGAUUAAAGGGUGAAGUUCUGAAUAAAAAUUCAAGCUGAGAUUUGAAGCUUGAUACCUGUCAGUAUAAUUAUUGUUAGUGAACACAUAGCUUUGCUGUACAAUAAAAAUGUUGCUUUUUGUUUUCUUUUUCUCCCAAGAACAACUACUUGAAGAAACAGAUUUCAAGGGAUUUCCUGUUAUUGUGGAUAGAGAAUCACAAAGACUUGCAGGGUUUGUCCUAAGAAGAGAUUUGAACAUUGCCAUCGGUAAGUGUGCAUCACAACCUUAUUGCAGCUAACCAUUUCUGACUUCCAAAUAGUUGACAUGGCAGAAUGCAUGACAACAGUGAAUACACCUCGUACAUACUGCCCAAUAUCACAGACAAGACACAUAAAUUGUCUUAUUACGCUGUUCAAUUACAAGCAUGAUGUGUAUAUUACACACUGUCCUGUUAGGGCUUAAAACAGGCUUGUAAUAACCAAUUAUGUUCGAGAAUUUUUGGUUUGUCUGGUCAUUCUAAUUUUCUAAAGAUGGGGUUGUAAGUACGUUUUUGCCACACUUUAACAGGUCAUGCACGGGCUCGUGACGAAGAGGUGGUAUCAGCUUCAUCAGUCUACUUCUUACCAAACCCUCCUCGGUACCCCCCUCCUGGCCAGCCUACUGCUUUGAGUCUGCGACAUAUUGUUGAUAAGGUAGGAAAAUAAAGAUCUUAUUAUGAUAUAACACAGUCUUAUUGCCUCAAUGUGCCUGUCAAAGAAAGGUAUCAAUUUUUAUGUUCUCUUGUUUGGUGCAAUUUAGAGCCCGAUACAGAUAACUGAUGCUAUGCCCAUGGAAACAGUGGUGGAGAUGUUUCGUAGACUGGGGCUGAGGCAAACACUUAUUACACAUAAUGGGUAAGUGAUGGUAACACAACAUAGCAAACCUAGUCUGGCAUGUGAAUUAACAGGUAGAAGCUACAGACCAAUACAAAUUAUGAUGACACAGGGAUCCCAGCCUUUUAUCUUGAAGUUAAACUACUAGACAAGUUAACUUCUAGCUACAGAGAAAAGUCACAUAAUAUUUGACUACCUAGGGAAAUCAGCCUAGCACAUGACCUUAGAGUCUUAGUACACUUCUUAAUACAAGUUAUAAUGAUGCAAAAACCCCUGUGAGGCUAUUUACCAAUCAUACCAGUAAAUUAAUUUAUUAAAUCAAUGAGUUUUAUUCCUCAUCUUUUAUUUUUCCAGCCGUUUAUUGGGAAUCAUUACAAAAAAGGAUGUUUUACGUCACAUUGCCACGCUUGCAAAUCAAGAUCCAGAUUCUAUACUCUUUCAUUAAGAGGUGUAAAACCACUAAGUUACUGUUAGUAUUGGGUUUAUAUCUGUCGUGGAAUGGUAUAAAAAAUUACUUAGAAGUUAAGGAAAGAUGUUGCUUGUUUUAUCAUGUGCAUAGGACAAAAGAAUCUCAUUUUGUUCAGCUAAUCAUUCCACAGAACUCGGGAUUGAACAUAUGGAUGUAGUAAUGGGCCAUCUCAUAACAUAGAGCUUUGCAGCUCAGUGUUAGCAACUAAGCAGGGAAUGUGGUGGUCUUGGAAUAUAAUUCCUGCUUUGGACUCAGAUUUUUGUUUGUCCCAUUCUUGUGACGAGUCAAAUAACACCUUUCUUUACUCCACUAUUUGAGCUGAAAAUAAAUCCUCUUUCUUAUUCAGUGUAGAGAGAAUUAGUUCAUCUGCAUCUGCAUCUACGACUUACAAUUCCUUAUAUUAAUAUAAAAACUUUCAAGUAUUAAUUUUUGUUAAUAGAAGUCGUACAUGCUACCAAUACCCCUUGCAUAUUCAUUCGCUCUCCUCAAAGAAUCAACUGCGAUGUUAUGUAGUGUUUGUUAAAUAGGCAAAUUUGCUUAGUUUAUUAAAUAACCACAAAACAUCCCCUAACUUUACGUAACUUACUGCCAAUCAUAUCUUGUCAUUCGUACAUCUUUUUUACUUUUGUCCUUGUUUGAGAUUAAAAAAAGGAAUAUGCAAUUAGUUUGUUUUCCAGGAAAGCAAGUUUCUUCCUGGUUUCUCUUUUAAUCAAAAGAGUACCUCUAAAAAUCUAUUUGGGUAAAAUUGUCUUUAAGAACAAGAAGGGGAAAAUUUAAAGCAUUGUUUUCAUUAAUCAAGUAGGAUGUAUAGAACAAUUUUCACUUAAGCAUUAAGCUGAGACAUCAUUCAUUUUGCUUUUUCUUGCUCUGACGCUGGGCCAACACUCAAAACACCAGUUUUAGAUACUUUUAGCGAUGACCAAGUUAUAUAAUCAACUCAGUUGAUCAAACCAAAUUUCCAGUAGUACACCAGGGUAGCACUUUGGUUUCUCCUGGAACUUACCCCCCUUUUUCAGCCUACCAUGGAGCAUUAUUUGACUGAACCACUUGAUGUGACUUUUAUUCUUAGAAAGGUUAUGCUAAGAAAGACUGUUUUAAUCAAAGUUUAGGAAGGUUCAUGUAAAUUUUCAAAGGUGGUGAUCAUGUAGGAAAAUUUUUUCAACAUUUUUAGUCAAGUUGGCUGUGGGCAGAGUCUUCAUUGAUCUCCUAAACUGAGAUGUAAAAAAUUGAAGAAUGCAAGGGGAAGUCUAAGAACUAGGAGGAUUCAAGGAGACUUUGCUUGCCAGGUUGCAAGGAUGUGUGUGCAUCAGUUUGUUUCCAAAGUGUUGCGAGUUGUACUUAAUUCAAUUAAAAAACGUUCAUUUAACAUAGGAUAAAAUAUCAAAUUCUAAGAGUUAUAGAAGGACUUAUUUUAAAAGAAAAAGUUAUACUUUGUACCAAACAAGUUAUUUCUCUAUCUUCAAGAUUACCAAGCUGAAGUUGUAUUCCAAGGGAAAUGAAGUGGAAUGUUACUCUUUAGUAAUUGGUACAGGACAUCAUUGU